GCGGCGGUGGCGGCGAUCUUCUCGUGCGAUUGACUCCAAAGUGGCUUAAAAACCGCGAGUUCGGUCGGGGGACCACCUGGACCGGAGCACGCGCAGCCCGGAGGCACCUGGCGCGGGGCGGGAGGGUGGUCCCAGCAGAGACACCGGAGUGCAGGAGCCCAGAGGUCUCGUGGGGCGGCCCCCGGGGGUCCCGGCGUGGAGACGAGGGCGGCGGAUUGGGGGUGAAGGCCAAGUGCGUUUGGAGGAGGUGCCCCCUGCCGUGCUUGAGGCCCCGCCAUGGCCCAGCAGAGAGCCCUGCCGCAAAGCAAGGAGACGCUGUUGCAGUCUUACAACAAGCGGCUCAAGGAUGACGUCAAGUCCAUCAUGGACAACUUCACCGAGAUCAUCAAGACCGCCAAGAUUGAGGACGAGACGCAGGUGUCGAGGGCCACUCAGGGCGAGCAGGAUAAUUACGAGAUGCACGUGCGAGCCGCCAACAUCGUCCGAGCCGGCGAGUCCCUGAUGAAGCUGGUGUCCGACCUCAAGCAGUUCCUCAUCCUCAACGACUUCCCGUCGGUGAAUGAGGCCAUCGACCAGCGCAACCAGCAGCUGCGAGCUCUGCAGGAGGAGUGUGACCGGAAGCUCACCACCCUGCGGGACGAGGUCUCCAUAGACCUCUACGAGCUGGAGGAGGAGUGUUACUCGUCCAGCUCAAGUCUUUGCGAAGCUAAUGAUCUGCCUCUGUGUGAAGCUUACUGGAGGCUGGACCUCGACACAGACUCCGCUGACGGCCUCUCAGUCCCUCUGCCGGCGUCCCCGGAGCCCAGUGCUGGCCCCCUGCAGGCUGCAGUCCCUGCCCACUCCCACGCCAGUGGCCCCGGCCCCACGGAGCACGCCUGAGCCUCCCAGGGCCCCUCUCCCCAGGCCCCUAGACCUUAGGAAUGAAAUCCAGUGCUCCCCUCUGGGCCCACCACAGCCUCAACUCCCUUCAGCCUUGGGGCCCACUUGGGGAGCCGCCGUGGCCUCUUUGGAACCGCGUCAGCCCAGGGACAGCCCACCUAGGAGUGUUGGGGGAAAGCAGUACCCCCAGCCAUGCCGGGGUGGCCCAUCCUUUCUCUUGUCGUCACCUCUUAUUUGCUACCUUCCUGGCUGGCUGGCUGGCAGAAGUUUCCAGGAUAGUUUGUCCCAUUGAGGACCUAACGGCGGGGCAGGGAGGAUGCCCAGCCUUGGGAGACCUGACCUGAGUGUGGUGUUUACAGUGGGGGAUGCAAGUGCUCAGAGUGGCCAGUACUAGCCAAGGCCAGGCCCCCAUGCAGAGCUCUGCCCGCUACCUUGCCCUGCGCUAGCUGACUGCCCCUGCAGGGCUGUGGGGAAAGGGGGCUGCCCACUCUUGCAGAAGUCAGGUAGGGUCCUUCCUAAUUCCGCUGCUGCACACAUUUUGGUUAUUUUUGUAGUGAGACUGUUGAAUAAAACCAGCUCCACCCUUU